AUGGUGGAUUCCCACGAGUACUACCACUGCCCCGUGUGCUCCAAACGCUACAAGCGUCGGGAGCACAUGCAGCGACACUGGGCCUCCCACAACGCCAGCCGCCCCCACCAGUGCCACCUAUGCAGCCGGUCCUUCCAGCGCCUCGACGUCCUCAAGCGGCACGCGCGAACUUGCGAGGCCCGCGCGCUGGGCCUCCUCUCCCCGUCGGGAAGACGGCGCGCCUGCGACCUCUGCGUGCGGCAGAAGAAGGCCUGCAGCGCGGGGCAGCCGUGCACGAACUGCGAGCGGCUUUCGGCGGAGUGCAACUAUUCCUUCCGACUCGAGCGAUGUGCCUACUACGCCGAUGACCGCCGCCGGAGCCUUCAUGAUGCCGGGGAAGCCAUGAUGGUGCCGGAGCAGAAUGCGAUGGUCUUGGCGACGGAUCCGUUCGAAAUCAGCCUGUGGGAGUCGCCCGACCCGACGGCGGCUUGGCUGGGGUACCUCAACCUCACGCCCGGAGCACCGAUCCCCGACCCGUCUUGCCAACGACAACUCGUACCCCGCGCGAGGGAGAGGCCGCGCUACUCAUUUCAGUUCCUUGACAACUUUACCAAACGCACCGGGCUCGUCGAGUCGUUCGAGUGCAUGACGCCCGAGUUCCGCGAACAGACCCUGGCCCGUUUUCUCCAAGAGCAGCAGUCGCAACAGCACCAGCAGCCGCAACCGCCGGCGGGUAGCGAUUUCGUCUUUGGCCAUGUACCUGGCUCCGUGGCCACCCCUUCCCCGGCCUUUGGAGUUUCGCACGUUCCAGUACCGGUGGCUGUACCCGUGCCCGUGCCCGGCCCCGGCUUUCUCAACUCCAUGGGGCCUCCAGUACAGAACAUAUGGCUGCACGAUCCGCUCAUGAUCCGGAUACACCAAAUCAUAGUCCACGUCAAGGAAGUGGUGACGACGAAGCCGAGGAACAGCGUCGUGACGGUGGAAUGGUCCCCUCUGCUGGAGCAAAAGUGCAUCGAGUUCUUUUCGCCGGCCAACGUGCGCAAAUGCCUGGCGUUGUACUGGGCCGUCUGGCACCCCAACGUCAACAUUGUCCACAAGCCCACGGGCAUCAAUAUCCCCGAGGAAACGGACCGAGACGACGCGAAGCUCUGGUUCAACUGUGUCGAGGAAAUGGUGUUUACGGAUGACGACCUAUGUUCCGAACCGCUUUACACGCUAGAUACCGGCAUACCCAUCCCGGCCACGCAGAAGCGCAAGCUGCAGGCCUUGCAGGCCGCGUACAUUGUUUGUUUAUAUCAGAAUUGGGAGGGCACGGAUACGAGCAAGAGAAGGAUCCGCCGAUACAGGUUCGGCACCGUUGUCUCGGUUGCGCGGGAUAUAGGCCUAGGGACGGCCAGGCACGCCGAUCUACGGAAGCCGGCCGGCUACGAGUUCCAGUGGAGGGCGUUUGUGAUCAAGGAGGAAAUGAUCCGAGUUUUCCUGUGGAUUUUCCUCCUCGACCACGCCUUUGUUACCUUCAACAACUUGCCCCCUCGCCUCAUGAUCAAAGAGAUGAGGAUCCAUCUCGCCCGCCCCGAGGCGUGUUUCCAGGCUGCGACGGCGGAAGAAUGCUUGCAAGAGCUGCAGAACUGGUCGGCGCAGUCGAACAUCGUGCCUGUGCUCACGCUCUCGGAAGCGGUGGAGAUGGUGUGCAAGGGCAAAAUGCCCGAAGGCAUGCACGAAAGCUUGGCACACCUCGGCGCGUUGAAUCUCUUCGCCGUGAUAUCUGCCGUCCAUUCUCUUGUCUUUCAGCACCACAACUCCUUUAGCCAGGAUGGCCACCUAACCGCCAUCCGCCACGCCCUCACGAACUGGAAGCCAGUAUGGGAUAUCUAUACGGAUGCUUUCGCUUCCGGCCCUCCCCACAAUAUGGUUGCCGGGGCGGUACUCACGCCGGAAAACUCGUGGAGGCGGAUCGGGUUCUGCCGCCAUGCAUUUGAGUAUUGGUUGCUGGCGAGCGUCAUCAUCGACAAGUUGACCCUUCCCGAAGACACGUCGUCCCCCGAUCAGCCGUCCGAUGUCGAUUCCGCCCAGUCGCCGCCGAGGGAUACGUCAACCCUUCUUACGAGAUAUGACCAGACCAGCAUGCAGCAGGUCAACGAGCUGAUUGCGGAUUUCCAAAACAUCCAGAUCGUCGCCAACUCGGAUUGA